AUGGCGCCCAAGAGGAAGAUGGACGACGGCGAGGGCGAGGCACCGCAGCAGAAGCGGGCGAAGAAGGGCUUCUCUGUCGGCCCAGCAAACCUGCCGGACGGGACCUACAGGCGCAAAGUCAUAAAGAUUAAGGCAGAUCUCAUUCACAAGGCCAAGCUGAAGAAGUCGUACGAAAAGAUCAAGGCACGCGAGCUCGCAGCGGCGCCGGUCAAGUCUGUCUACGAGACCCAGGACGACGCCAACGAGGACAGCCAUGCUGAGGCUGCUGCGGCAAAGCAGGACAGUUCAAAACCUGCAGACAGGCCGGCUGGGCUGGAGCUGCACCCGGACAGGCAGGCCAUGGUGGACUCUCACAGCGAGCAGGACCGGUUGCGAGGUGAAGGGGCCAGGGCCAGGGCACGACGGAGAGACGAAAAGCAGCAGGAAACGGACGAAGAUGGCCGGCCCGGUGGGAGUGGCAGUGGUAGGAGGCAACGUCGGGCCAAACCGUAUCCCUUUGCGAGGGAGGAGAAUGCUGCACAGAAGCGGAUCGCGGAGGCAAAGGCACGAGCUGAGCUGUGGCGGAUGAAGCAGAAGGAGAGGGCUGAUAUGGCCCGGGCAAAGCGGCCGGACCAGUUUGGCAAGAGACGGCUGGGCCGCGAGAGCAAGGUGCUGCUGGACAAGGUCAAGCGGCUCGUAGCAGCAGACUGA